CACCAUGACAAUCGACACACAGCCGAAAACCGUCGUCGUCCUCGGCGUGGCGUAUGGCGGCGUCGGCGCGCUGGCAACGCUCGCAAAGCUCCUGCCACCGGGGUGGCGCGUGCUCGGCAUCGAGCGGAGCACGCACGCGCAUCACGUGUACGUCUUCCCGCGCUUCUCGGUGCUGCCCGCACACGCUCCGCGCGCGCUCGUGCCGCUCGUGAAUGCGGUGUACGGCGGGCGCGUGACCCCCGGCCCGGAGAUCAGUCCCAAGGGGGUUGUGGCAGCCGAGGCGAACGACGGACGGCACGAGCUCGUGCGCGGCCUCGUGACUUCCCUCACUGCGACCAGCGUGACGUACGCCCUGCCGAUUAACGGGGAGUACCCCGCGGACCUGAGCACUGCCGAGACACGGACCGUCGAGUUCGAGUACGCUAUCUACGCGCUCGGUGGGGUCCUCUCCGCGCCUAGCGACGCGUGGGGUCGCGGCGAGCGCGACGUUGUCGCCGGUCGUGGCGGCAAACCGGGCGCUGUGUCAUUCUUGAAGAGCAUCAACGACAAGAUUUGCGCCGCGCGCCGCGUGCUCGUCGUCGGUGGUGGCGCGCUCGGUAUCCAGUUCGCGAGCGACAUCAAGGCUACGCACAAUGACAAGGAGGUCACGCUGCUCCAUUCGCGGGAGCGGUUGCUGCCGCUGUACCACCAGGCGACGCACGACGCCGUAGUGGACAAGCUCGGCAAGCUCGGCGUCAAGACGGUCUUGGGCGAGCGGGUCACCUCGUGGCCGGACCGCCCGCUCGACGUCGACGGGGAGGACAAGGUCGUGGUCACGGACAAGGGGAGCACACUCACCGCCGACCUAGUGCUGGUGUGUACCGGCUCCAAGCCGAACACUGCGCUGUUCGCCGGCGUCGACCCCGCGGCCAUCCUGCCCAACGGCCUGAUCCAUGUCGGGCCGACGCUGCAGGUGGCCAACACGGAGUGGUUUGCGAUAGGCGACGCGGCAGACUCGGAGGGGAUCUUCGCCGGACACGAGAGCUACGCGCAGGGCUCGUGUGCCGCACGUAACAUCCUGCGCCUGAUCGAGGUGCGCGAGGGGCGGAGUGCGACUCCGUUGGAGGAGUACAAGGCUGGUCCGGUGCGCAUCAAGGUGUCCCUGGGUAUUAACGAGUAUGUCGUUGGUACCGCCGAUGGCGCGACCACUCACGACGACGGGCCGGAGGACAUACACGCCAAGUUGAUGUGGUCGUUGUUUGGGGUCGAGGACAAGGGGGACGAGGAGUAGGCUGGGCUGGGGGUCAAUGAGAGGCUUGAACCGGCGAGAAGAACGAGCAGCAGUACACGACCCAACAAUGUAUCCAUGACUCUCUA